CGCGGGGGGCGGGCGCGGGGAGCGCUCCAAGAUGGCGCCCACCGCAGUCCCGCCCGCCGCAGCCUCGGCGCCUCUGCAGUCCGGCCGCGCCUCCCGGGCCCCGCGCUAGGGCCGCCGCUGCCUCCCUCGCCGUCUCUGCCAGCUGCUCUGUCCUGGACGCAGCAUAACUAACGAAGCUGCUGCAGGAUGAGAAGAUGGCAGCGCGGCUGCUCGCACCACCAGGCCCUGAUAGUUUCAAGCCUUUCACCCCUGAGUCACUGGCGAACAUCGAGAGGCGCAUUGCUGAGAGCAAGCUCAAGAAACCGCCAAAGGCCGACAGCAGUCAUCGUGAAGAUGAUGAGGACAGCAAGCCCAAGCCCAACAGUGACCUGGAGGCAGGGAAGAGUUUGCCUUUCAUCUAUGGGGACAUCCCACAAGGCCUGGUCGCUGUACCCCUGGAGGACUUUGACCCAUACUAUUUGACGCAGAAAACCUUUGUAGUAUUAAACAGAGGGAAAACUCUCUUCAGAUUUAGUGCCACGCCUGCCUUGUACAUUUUAAGUCCUUUUAACCUGAUAAGAAGAAUAGCUAUUAAAAUUUUGAUACAUUCAGUAUUUAGCAUGAUCAUUAUGUGCACUAUUUUGACCAACUGUGUAUUCAUGACUUUUAGUAACCCUCCUGAGUGGUCGAAGAAUGUGGAGUACACGUUCACAGGGAUUUAUACAUUCGAAUCACUAGUGAAAAUCAUCGCAAGAGGUUUCUGCAUAGAUGGCUUUACUUUUUUACGGGAUCCAUGGAACUGGUUAGAUUUCAGUGUCAUCAUGAUGGCGUAUAUAACAGAGUUUGUAAACCUAGGCAAUGUUUCAGCUCUACGCACUUUCAGGGUACUGAGGGCUUUGAAAACUAUUUCGGUAAUCCCAGGCCUGAAGACCAUUGUGGGCGCUCUAAUUCAGUCCGUGAAGAAGCUGUCGGAUGUGAUGAUCCUGACAGUGUUCUGUCUGAGUGUUUUUGCCUUGAUCGGCCUGCAGCUGUUCAUGGGCAACCUGCGGAACAAGUGUGUUGUGUGGCCCAUAAACUUCAAUGAGAGCUAUCUUGAAAAUGGCACCAAAGGCUUUGAUUGGGAAGAGUAUAUCAACAAUAAAACAAAUUUUUACACGGUUCCUGGCAUGCUGGAACCUUUACUCUGUGGAAACAGUUCUGAUGCUGGGCAAUGUCCAGAGGGAUACCAGUGUAUGAAAGCAGGAAGGAACCCCAACUAUGGUUACACAAGCUUUGACACGUUCAGCUGGGCUUUCUUGGCAUUAUUUCGCCUUAUGACCCAGGACUACUGGGAAAACUUGUAUCAGUUGACCUUACGAGCAGCUGGGAAAACAUACAUGAUCUUCUUUGUCUUGGUCAUCUUUGUGGGUUCUUUCUAUCUGGUGAACCUGAUCUUGGCUGUGGUGGCCAUGGCUUAUGAAGAGCAGAAUCAGGCAACACUGGAGGAGGCAGAGCAAAAAGAGGCUGAAUUCAAGGCAAUGUUGGAGCAACUUAAGAAGCAACAGGAAGAGGCACAGGCUGCUGCGAUGGCCACUUCAGCAGGAACUGUCUCAGAAGAUGCCAUAGAGGAAGAAGGUGAAGAAGGAGGAGGCUCUCCUCGGAGCUCAUCUGAAGUUUCUAAACUCAGUUCCAAGAGUGCCAAAGAAAGACGGAACAGGAGAAAGAAGAGGAAGCAAAAGGAACUCUCUGAAGGAGAGGAGAAGGGAGAUCCUGAGAAGGUGUUUAAGUCAGAGUCAGAAGACGGUAUGAGGAGGAAGGGCUUUCGGCUGCCAGACAACAGAAUAGGGAGGAAGUUUUCCAUCAUGAAUCAGUCACUGCUCAGCAUCCCGGGCUCCCCGUUCCUCUCCCGCCACAACAGCAAGAGCAGCAUCUUCAGCUUCAGGGGGCCCGGGCGCUUCCGGGACCCGGGCUCGGAGAACGAGUUCGCGGACGACGAGCACAGCACGGUGGAGGAGAGCGAGGGCCGCCGCGACUCGCUCUUCAUUCCGGUCCGGGCGCGCGAGCGCCGCAGCAGCUACAGCGGCUACAGCGGCUACAGCCAGGGCAGCCGCUCCUCGCGCAUCUUCCCCAGCCUGCGGCGCAGCGUCAAGCGCAGCAGCGCGGUGGACUGCAACGGCGUGGUGUCCCUCGUCGGCGGCCCCGGCUCCCACAUCGGCGGGCGUCUCCUGCCAGAGGCUACAACUGAGGUAGAGAUUAAGAAGAAAGGCCCUGGAUCUCUCUUAGUCUCCAUGGACCAACUGGCCUCCUAUGGACGGAAGGACAGAAUCAACAGUAUAUUGAGUGUGGUUACAAAUACACUAGUAGAAGAGCUGGAAGAGUCUCAGAGGAAGUGCCCGCCGUGCUGGUAUAAAUUCGCCAAUACUUUCCUCAUCUGGGAGUGUCACCCCUACUGGAUCAAACUGAAGGAGAUCGUGAACUUGAUCGUCAUGGACCCAUUUGUGGACCUGGCCAUCACCAUCUGCAUCGUCCUCAACACACUGUUCAUGGCCAUGGAGCACCACCCUAUGACGCCUCAGUUUGAGCACGUCUUGGCUGUAGGAAAUCUGGUUUUCACUGGAAUUUUCACAGCAGAAAUGUUCCUGAAGCUCAUAGCCAUGGAUCCCUACUAUUAUUUCCAAGAAGGUUGGAACAUUUUUGAUGGAUUUAUUGUCUCCCUCAGUUUAAUGGAACUGAGUCUAGCAGACGUGGAAGGGCUUUCUGUGCUGCGAUCUUUCCGAUUGCUCCGAGUCUUCAAAUUGGCCAAAUCCUGGCCCACCCUGAACAUGCUGAUCAAGAUUAUUGGAAAUUCAGUGGGUGCCCUGGGCAACCUGACACUGGUGCUGGCCAUUAUUGUCUUCAUCUUUGCUGUGGUGGGGAUGCAGCUCUUUGGAAAGAGCUACAAAGAGUGUGUUUGCAAGAUCAACCAGGACUGUGAACUCCCUCGCUGGCACAUGCAUGACUUUUUUCAUUCCUUCCUCAUUGUCUUUCGAGUGUUGUGCGGGGAGUGGAUCGAGACCAUGUGGGACUGCAUGGAGGUGGCUGGCCAGGCCAUGUGCCUCAUUGUCUUCAUGAUGGUCAUGGUCAUUGGUAACUUGGUGGUGCUGAACUUGUUUCUGGCCUUGCUCCUGAGCUCUUUCAGUGCAGACAAUCUGGCAGCCACGGAUGAUGAUGGGGAAAUGAACAACCUACAGAUCUCAGUAAUCCGCAUCAAGAAGGGUGUGGCUUGGACCAAACUGAAAGUGCAUGCCUUCAUGCAGGCCCACUUCAAGCAACGUGAGGCCGAUGAAGUGAAACCUCUGGACGAGCUGUAUGAAAAGAAGGCCAACUGCAUCGCCAACCACACCGGCGCAGACAUCCACCGGAAUGGGGACUUCCAGAAGAACGGCAAUGGCACAACCAGUGGCAUCGGCAGCAGUGUGGAGAAGUACAUCAUCGAUGAGGACCACAUGUCCUUCAUAAACAACCCCAACUUGACCGUGCGGGUGCCCAUUGCAGUAGGCGAGUCUGAUUUUGAGAACCUCAACACAGAGGACGUUAGCAGCGAGUCGGAUCCUGAAGGCAGCAAAGAUAAACUGGAUGACACUAGCUCCUCGGAAGGAAGCACCAUUGACAUCAAACCAGAAGUAGAGGAAGUCCCUGUGGAACAGCCAGAGGAAUACUUGGAUCCAGAUGCCUGCUUCACAGAAGGUUGUGUCCAGCGAUUCAAGUGCUGCCAGGUCAACAUUGAAGAAGGUCUAGGCAAGUCUUGGUGGAUCCUGCGGAAAACCUGCUUCCUCAUCGUGGAGCACAACUGGUUCGAGACCUUCAUCAUCUUCAUGAUUCUGCUCAGCAGCGGCGCCCUGGCCUUCGAGGACAUCUACAUCGAGCAGAGGAAGACCAUCCGCACCAUCCUGGAGUAUGCUGACAAAGUCUUCACCUAUAUCUUCAUUCUGGAGAUGCUGCUCAAGUGGACAGCCUACGGCUUCGUCAAGUUCUUCACCAACGCCUGGUGCUGGCUGGACUUCCUCAUUGUGGCUGUCUCUUUAGUCAGCCUUAUAGCUAAUGCCCUGGGCUACUCGGAACUAGGUGCCAUAAAGUCCCUUAGGACCCUAAGAGCUUUGAGACCCUUAAGAGCCUUAUCACGAUUUGAAGGGAUGAGGGUGGUGGUGAAUGCCUUGGUGGGCGCCAUCCCCUCCAUCAUGAAUGUGCUGCUGGUGUGUCUCAUCUUCUGGCUGAUUUUCAGCAUCAUGGGCGUUAACCUCUUUGCGGGAAAGUACCACUAUUGCUUUAAUGAGACUUCUGAAAUCCGAUUUGAAAUUGAAGAUGUCAACAAUAAAACUGAGUGUGAAAAGCUCAUGGAGGGGAACAAUACAGAAAUCAGAUGGAAGAACGUGAAGAUCAACUUUGACAACGUUGGGGCAGGAUAUCUGGCACUUCUUCAAGUGGCAACCUUCAAAGGCUGGAUGGACAUCAUGUAUGCAGCUGUAGAUUCCCGAAAGCCUGAUGAGCAGCCUAAGUAUGAAGACAACAUCUACAUGUACAUCUACUUUGUCAUCUUCAUCAUCUUUGGCUCCUUCUUCACCCUGAACCUCUUCAUUGGUGUCAUCAUUGAUAACUUCAAUCAACAAAAGAAAAAGUUUGGAGGUCAGGACAUCUUCAUGACUGAAGAACAGAAGAAGUACUACAAUGCCAUGAAAAAACUGGGCUCAAAGAAGCCACAGAAACCCAUUCCCCGGCCCGUGAAUAAAAUCCAAGGUAUCAUCUUUGAUUUUGUCACUCAACAAGCCUUUGAUAUCGUCAUCAUGAUGCUGAUCUGCCUUAACAUGGUGACGAUGAUGGUGGAGACGGACACUCAGAGCAAGCAGAUGGAGAACAUCCUCUACUGGAUCAACCUGGUCUUCGUCAUCUUCUUCACCUGCGAGUGUGUGCUCAAGAUGUUUGCCUUGAGGCACUACUACUUCACCAUCGGCUGGAACAUCUUCGACUUCGUGGUCGUCAUCCUGUCCAUCGUGGGCAUGUUCCUGGCUGAUAUAAUUGAAAAAUACUUUGUUUCCCCAACCCUAUUCCGAGUCAUCCGAUUGGCCCGUAUCGGCCGCAUCUUGCGUCUGAUCAAAGGUGCCAAAGGGAUUCGUACCCUGCUCUUUGCCUUAAUGAUGUCCUUGCCUGCUCUGUUCAACAUUGGCCUUCUGCUCUUCCUGGUCAUGUUCAUCUUCUCCAUCUUUGGGAUGUCCAAUUUUGCAUAUGUGAAGCACGAGGCUGGCAUUGAUGACAUGUUCAACUUCGAGACGUUUGGCAACAGCAUGAUCUGCCUGUUUCAGAUCACGACCUCAGCUGGUUGGGAUGGCCUGCUGCUGCCCAUCCUGAACCGUCCCCCUGACUGCAGUCUGGAUAAGGAGCACCCAGGGAGUGGCUUUAAGGGAGACUGCGGGAACCCCUCAGUGGGCAUCUUCUUCUUUGUAAGCUACAUCAUUAUCUCCUUCCUCAUCGUUGUGAACAUGUACAUCGCCAUCAUCUUAGAGAACUUCAGUGUGGCCACAGAGGAAAGUGCAGACCCUCUGAGUGAGGAUGACUUUGAGACCUUUUAUGAGAUCUGGGAGAAGUUUGACCCUGAUGCCACCCAGUUCAUCGAGUACUGUAAGCUGGCAGACUUUGCAGAUGCCUUGGAGCACCCGCUCCGAGUGCCCAAGCCCAACACCAUUGAGCUCAUUGCCAUGGACCUGCCGAUGGUCAGCGGAGAUCGCAUCCACUGCUUGGACAUCCUUUUUGCCUUCACCAAGCGGGUCCUGGGAGACAGUGGGGAGUUGGACAUCCUUCGGCAGCAGAUGGAGGAGCGGUUCGUGGCAUCCAAUCCUUCCAAAGUGUCUUAUGAGCCAAUCACGACUACACUGCGGCGCAAGCAGGAGGAGGUGUCGGCAGUGGUUCUGCAGCGUGCCUACCGGGGACAUUUAGCAAGGCGGGGCUUCAUUUGCAAAAAGAUGACUUCCAAUAAGCUGGAGAAUGGAGGCACACACCGGGAGAAAAAGGAGAGCACCCCUUCUACAGCCUCCCUCCCAUCUUAUGACAGUGUAACUAAACCUGAAAAGGAGAAACAGCAACGGGCGGAGGAAGGAAGAAGGGAAAGAGCCAAAAGACAAAAAGAGGUCAGAGAAUCCAAGUGUUAGAGGAAAUCAAAAAUUAAAUAUUGUACCGAUUUAAAACUUGCAAGUAAAAGAUUGUUUACAAACUUCCCGAAUAUUAUCAAUGCAGAACAGCUGUGGAGACACUUCACCCAGAAGAUCUAUACCAAACGUAGUCUGCUUACCAGUCUUGAGCAGUGACCUCCCAAGGGCAAAGGACCCUGCUCCCUGGACUCACAGAUGUUCUAGUGCUUGGGCAGCUGGUUACUGCAUGUUCCACAUCAGUCAGUGCAACUUAGGACAAAACCAACAGGAUACAAAAACAGAGAGGCUGCCGGGACCAGCAGAUUUCUGUUGCAGCCAAAUGGAUUUUAUUUUUUCAUUUUGUUGAUUCUCAGAAGCAGAAAGCAUCACUUUAAAAGAUUGUUUGUUCAUGCAAACUCUAUUUGCAUUCUUACCUUAGUUAAGCUAAGCAGCAAAAAGAAAAAACACACACACUCACAUUUAGCCCAUGUCAUUUAAUUGUCAGUUUCUUUGGCAUAAAUGGCAUUUUCUCCACAUGGGCAUCACAUGGUUUGGCAAAGGGUGGGGGAAAAUGAUCAGGUUUCUUCAGGCUGAGGAGGACUUGCUCAGGCCGAUCCAAACAUUGUGCUCGUUCAAUGCGUAGAAAUGAUUUGCAUGAUGGCAUGCUGUGAUCAGAAAUCAUGCAUGAGAACCAUACACCACAGGACACUCCUAAUCCUGUCCCCUGCACUGGGUCAGCCUUUGGAUAGGACCCAGCCUUGCACCGUUCACUGUAUUUGGAGGAAAAAAUGGUAAGAGUUCCAUACCCGCUGCAAUUCUUUAUGAAUUUUGAGAAGUCUUUCAUACACCUUCUGGGUAGGGAAACAUGACCAACCAAUUGACUACCACCACCAACAAAAAACAAACCCAAUCCAACAAGCAGAUGGAUCCGUUGUGUGUAUAUGUUGAACAGACGUCUCUAACAUACAGCCAUUGUCACACAUUCUGAAAGAUGAACUAUUUAAUGCUGCUCUGUGUCCCAGACGUGGGGAAAUUUUGAUCUUGAAUGGCUUGUAUUAAUAAUGUCACUGUAAAACCAAAUCCUAGGGCUAAAAACAAAAAUCAAAAAAAAAAUGUUCAUUUGUAUCUUGCAAUAUUUAUGAGGAUUGUUUAGCCUUCAUACUGGAAAACUGACAUUCAUUUGGGGCAGAGAUGAAAGUGCUAUUCAGAGUGGCACAUUAUCUCUAGGGGGUAUUGGGGAACUUAAACCUUUUGUUGGGGCCUAGGGGUACUCACUUCAUUCAGUGCCAUGUCCUCUUGCACUGUGGCUUUCUCCGGGCCUGGGGCCACACGGAGAGGUGUUCAGGGGUUCUGGACGGCCUCUCCUCUACAGAGGGUGGCGCACAUUCACACAUUGCAUGAUUCCUUUGGCUUCCAUCACAUUUUCCCACCAAGCGGGGCUUCCCCUACCCACAGAGGUGGGUGAGGGCAGCAGCACUGGGGCUAAGGCUGUGGUUUCUUUAUUUAUUAAUAGACUACAUAGUCACCAGUGGGACCAGAGGCAGAGCUGGAGCCACCUCUGAACCAAGCCCACUUGGUUUCUUUAUUGCACUGGUUCUCAUGAGAAAGCGACUUCAUAUGAAAUCUUGAGAUGUUCCAGCUCCCCCACCUCAUUCCCUUUCAGCCAGUUUUGCUGUCUGGUUCAUGACCUGCCCAUGGCCAUUGGAGGGUGGCUUUAGGGGGAGCAUCAUAUCUCCAGUCCAUCUCCUGCUUUAGGGAAGAUGGUUCUUAGUCCAGGGGUGUCUUAUAUGACAACUAGAUUUCAAAACCAAGAUGCUGCAAUUGAAUGAAGUCUAUCACAGAAUGAGGAGAGAUUUUAGCAUGGCAAACCAAAUCAAAAUAAAUUCUCCCAGAACCCUAAAAUAGAGGGGAGGAAACAGUCGAUAAUCAGACACACCGAUCUGCCUUGCAGUAGAAGCACUUUGGAUGUAAUUUCGUAGUCCACUGACUAGUUUUGCAUAGAACAAAUCACAGCCAAGUCAGUAAGCAGAGCUUUCUAUCUUGUUGGACCAUUAGAAACUCUGUCCAGCUCUCUUAAACCUGCUUCUGCGGCAUCAUCCGUAGAACUUUCUUACUACACCUGAGACCAGGUUGGGAAGGUGACCCAGCUAACUGCUAGAAUGAAUGUAUAGUGACAUGUACAGGCUACAUUGGAAACAGCACAAAAUAGAAGCUGGCGUGUGGUUAUUCUUUUUAAGAGAAUUAUAAAUACUGUAAUAUAUCAUUUUAUUUUAUUGGCAUGCCUUUUUGUAAGUAUAAAUUAUUAACUUAUUAAAUAGGAAAUGGCUUCUGGCUUAUGCCAUUGUCAUGUUUAUCUUUAUUUUUUAUACUUUUCUUUCUUCUUAGAACUUAGAUGCUGUCAGCCAAUGUACAUCCCCAAACCAGACAGACAGACAAAAAAUUUUUUAUUGAUAACGGUCUUUUCCAAAACAACAAAAAAUAUAUAUUUUUGUUCCAAUGUGCAAUAAAUUCUAACCACUUCUAUGCAAAAUUUGGCUAAACUUCAUAAUUGUUCUUAGGUCUUGAGAUGGGCAACAGAGCUUUAAGAUCCCAAGUGUUCAUGCAAGUAAUGUCAUUAAGCUUCUAGAGCAUAUUAAUGAGAUUUUUCUGAGAUCUGAGCUUUUUCCUCCCCUAGACCCUGACCCCAGCCCCAGAGGCCAUCUCUUCAGUAACACACAUAGGCCUUGGUAUCUGACACCCAUCAGCCAGCUUCAUAGGGAAGAAGCCACCUCCACCUUAUUUGAAGUUUCACUUUUUUUUUCAGACUUUUCCCACCUUCUCUUUCCUCGCCCACUGCUGCACCCACCCACCACUCACAUGCCCUGCUCCACACUUCUUUGGUAGUAAGUGACACCAUCACCAGCAGUUUACACCUGCAGUUAACAACAGGCAUUAAACUGGAAGAGUCAGUGAUGACGUUUCUGCAUGUCUUCACUGAGUGGGUAAGUGGCAAUGCUUUGCCAAGUAUUAAUGAAGCCAAUCAAAAAGCAGCAGCCACAGUAUCACUGCACAUAUAUAUAUAUAGAUAUAUAAAUAUAAUAUAAAUAUUUAUUUUUUGUAGCCAGGUCCUUGGUGCACUUAUUUAUACUCCACAAUUCACCUUUAAAAAAGGACAAAAAGCAAAAAGACGUGUGAUGCUGUUAAUUUCAAAUGCAGAGCCAAAGCCACUGAGCAGCAGCUGACACAGUUGCUGAUUUGUGCGUGAAAAACACUUCCCUCUUCCUCCCUGAACCUCCUUGUUGCGUAGAUGAGGAGACUUCACCAUUUAAAGCAGAGGGUGAGAGCAGAAAAAACUUCCCAAAUCAACCUGACCUACUCACACUCCUCUCUAAAUAAGCCACUUUUGGCAUCAGAAGUUGACCGGGAAGAGGUAAACAGAAAGUCCCAGUCAAAGCCCCUGGAACAGCAGUGCCCAGAGUUCAUUUAUUUUUCGCUGCAACCAAUGUAAACUUGUAAAAGACCAAUAGUGAAGAUUAGUGUAUUAGUGAAUGCAUGGAGGCCAACACCACUCUGAGACAUGAUAAAAAGUACAUCACUACUAUAAGCCAAAAGGAAACAAAAUAAAAAUGACCCUUUUUACUGUACAAGGGAAGCCUGUCUUGGUGUGUAUUUGUCGCUUGACUAUGCCAAUUCUUGAGUCCUGGGAGGGGUCUGGGAACUGGGACCUUAGCACAUUUGGGGACAGGAAGGGAAUAGAAAGGAGAGGAGUCAGAGGGUCUCUUGCAAAGUUCAGGUUGAGAAGUAGAGAUUGGAGAGAAACGCAAGGUCCUGACUCCCCCACCCCCAACCCCAGUCACCCAUUGCAUGUGGCAUUCCUCCCCUGCCAGCCCGGUGCUUGAAGGCCAUGAAACCUCUUUCUCACCAGUCCACCUGGCAGAGCCCGCAGAGAUGAUGUCAGCCAACCCAGCUGGGCUGGCCUUCUGCCUUUUUACCACUAUGUCAAGAAAAACUAUCCCAAAGCCCCGAAGCUCGGUCGAGCACGAUGCCCAACAGCCUUCCACUCUGCUAGCUAAUGCUGGGCCCUGCCCUUCAUCACCCCAUCAGAUAACCCAGCAGACUAGGGCUGGUCUCAUUCACAUUCGUGCAGGGGAGAGGGACACCCCGCCCCUUCCCUCACCCUGCUCUGCUUUGGGGACAUGCCUUCUAGGCCAUGUCUCCUGGCCCAGUAACACUCAGGAGGAUUUUGAAGUGCCCACUCUAGUCCGCACCAGUAGCUCCACUCUGGAGGCAGAUGGCUGGUAUGUCAGUCCCCCUACUCCUCCCUUUGGCCCCAGCCUCUAGGCCUGUUGUGGAGGUGAAGUUGCCAUGGGUUAUGGCUUUGUGACUUGAGUCCUGGGCAUCUUCUAUAACGAUGCCUCUCUUUUCUCAGAUGUUGCCCAAAGUUUUGCAAAAAGCUUCGUUCAUUUUCAGGUACCCCCACCCCCUAAAGAAUUGGCUGCAGCCAGCCAGCCAGGGGAACAUUAGGAGAGAAGAGGAAGUCUGGACUGGGUGGGCCCCAAGGUUGGCACAGUCUGCACUGUGGCUCAGCUCUGUGCUUACUUGGAUUCCCUUUCCAAGAUUACUGAGAUUUCCUCCAUUGAAAUGCUCCUGAGGCAUCCCCGGCCCCUGCCCCCCACUGCUGUUUGCUGUACAUAGAGGCUAAGUGGGGUAGGGUGGGUGGGUGUGCACAUGUUGUGUGUGUGUGUGUGUGAAGAAUGUAUAUAGGUAAAGGGGAGUGUGGUCCAGUGGUUCUAGAAAAGGGACAGAACUCCGUGUUCCAUCCCCAGUUCAACUGCUGGCUCGCUGUGUGGCCUUGGGCAAGUCACUUAGCCUCUCUGUGCCUCAGUUUCCCCAUCUGUAAAAUGGGGAUAAUAAUACUGACCUACCUCACAGGGGUGUUGUGAGGCUUUAACUAAAUGUUUUGUAAAGUGUUUUGAGAUACAGAGGCAAAGGCACUAGGGAAAGGCAAAGUACUAUUUGGACUUAAGGAAGAUGAAAUGGUACCAUAAAUGCUGCUAUUCUGAGAGCCAUUUUAAACUGCACUGCUCCAACCACCUCCGCUUCUCAUCACCAGGACAGCAGGUCGAGAAAAUGUCUCUCCUUUCACUUGCUUCUGGGAUUUGUGAUUAUUCUAGACAAUUUUUUCCCCUUGCUGUAUCUCCUUCCCUCGCCCCCUCGACUUGUUCCCUCUUCUGUUUAUGCGGAAAUGGCAGAAAUGCUUGAGAAAUGAGAAUGUAUAAGUGGAUUGGAAGUUUAUAGUCUGAAAUUUCAAUUUUACUUUGUACUGUACAUCUUUUUACUUUAGAAUUUGCAAUAAAGGGUUACGUCAAUCUUGUUUUCAACUCUC